AUACAUUAAUGCAAGCUGCCAUCACUGGGCCCUGCUUGACCUAUUUUUGGCUCGGGCCGGCCAUUGUUCUAUUUCUGUUGCCUGUGGGGCCACGUUGUUGUUGAUUCACAUGCAAAUGAGUUCUCACCAUCUUUAGCCAACUUUACUGACAGGGACAGGGAGAGACUAAGCGAGUGAGGGAAGCAGCAGCAGCAGCAGCAGCAUUCUCCAUAAGCCUCUGUACCUCAUUGCACUGCUGAGCCUUUGUACCUGCUCAUCCGCACAGCUAUUUUCCUUGUGGGCAGUGAAGGGGAAACUGGAAGCCCCCUUUCCUGUUGCACCUGCUCCGGCUGCCGGGGGACUUGUACUUCACACUGAGAGCCGCCGCUGCCGGCUGCAUUUCCCCUUUAGUGCUUCUAUAUUAGGAAGCCCCUUCUUUAUUUUUGUACCUGUCUCAGCACAGUAAAUAUGUGUGUAAAAAUGGAAUAAUUGACAAAGAGUAUCAGUGCCUCCUCCCCCUGUGGGGGAGUUCAUCAUAGUGCUGAGGGGUUGCUUCUGUACAGAGCAGUGAUGAGGAGGCUUUGCUCUGACUGAAAUACACACACGCACACAGACUGGAAUAUGCUGCAGACAAUUUAUGAGAGUGAAUCCUAUUUUUCCUCAGAUGGAGUAGCUGGACGGGAGCAGCUGCUGGCAGAGCAGAGGAUGCACGCCAUGAUCAGCAAAGAUAUAAAGUCUGAGUUUCCCAUUGGCCUGGAGCCCAUCUCCCCUUUAGACUUAAGGACCGAUCUCAGGACAGCAAUGCCUGUUGUGGAUCCAGUUCUGAGAGAGAAACAGCUGCAGCAGGAGCUUCUAAUAAUUAAACAGCAACAGCAAAUACAGAAGCAACUUCUAAUUGCAGAGUUUCAGAAGCAGCAUGAAAACCUUACAAGGCAACACCAGGCCCAGCUCCAGGAGCACCUCAAGCUUCAGCAAGAGCUUCUAGCAAUGAAGCAUCAACAAGAGCUCCUGGAGAGAGAGAAGGAGCAUAAAAUGGAGCAGCAGAGGAAAGAACAGGAAGCAGAAAGGCAUCGUCGGGAGCAGCAGUUAUGUCACCCUCGAAGCAAAGACAGAGUUAAAGAAAGGGCAGUGGCCAGUACAGAAGUGAAACAGAAGCUCCAAGAGUUCAUCUUAAGUAAGUCGGCAACUAAAGAAUCUUUGACAAACGGAGCCAGUCAUUCCAUGGGACGCCACCCCAAGCUUUGGUACACGGCAGCGCAUCAUACAUCACUGGAUCAAAGUUCACCUCCGCCUAGUGGGACAUCCCCAACAUAUAAAUGUCCUCUGCCAGGAAAUCAGGAUGACUUCCCUUUAAGGAAAACUGCAUCAGAGCCCAAUUUGAAAGUUCGGUCUCGUUUGAAACAGAAAGUAGUGGAGAGACGGAGCAGCCCCUUACUGAGAAGGAAGGAUGGCAAUGUUACCAGCUCAUACAAAAAAAGAAUAUUUGAGGUCACAGAGUCAGUGAGCAGCAGCUCUCCAGUAUCUGGACCCAGCUCCCCAAAUAAUGGUCCGGUUGCCAUGGAAGCCGAAAAUGAAGUCCCUGUUUUGUCAGCUAAUUCCCGUAUAGAGAAUCUGGUUUCACAUCAUCAUCUUGUGCAUCAUGAAAAGUCUUUAAACCUUCUAAACCUAUAUACAUCCCCUUCUUUGCCCAACAUUACUAUAGGACUGCAUGCAACAGCUACUCAGCUUAAUACCUCAUCUUCAUUAAAAGAGCAACAAAAGUACGACCCUCAGGCACCCCGGCAGGGGGUUUCUGUGGCCGGACAGUACGCUGGAGGCAUCCCUACAUCCUCAAAUCACGUUUCCCUGGAAGGAAAGACCAAUAGCAGUCACCAGGCCCUACUGCAACACUUACUGUUGAAAGAACAGAUGCGUCAGCAGAAGAUUUUAGCUUCAGGUGGGACACCUGUUCUGCAUCAGUCGCCCCUACCAGCUAAGGAAAGAGUUUCACCAGCUGGAAGAGUGGCUCACAAACUGCCUCGCCACAGGCCCCUUCACCGAACCCAAUCUGCUCCUUUGCCCCAGAGCACACUGGCUCAACUGGUUAUCCAACAGCAGCACCAGCAGUUCUUGGAGAAGCAGAAACAAUAUCAACAACAGAUUCACAUGAACAAAAUACUUUCCAAAUCUAUUGAGCAACUUCGACAACCUGAGGGGCAUCUUGAAGAAGCCGAGGAAGAUCUUCAUGGAGAUAAUGUGAUACAAGAAAAGAGUUCCUCUGCAGACAACACAAGAAGUUACAGCAGUACAGAUCUUAGGACAGGACAUCUCGGAUCUGUAAAAGUGAAAGAGGAGCCACCAGAUAGCGAGGAUGAAAUUAAAACACACCUUCAGUCUGAACAGAAGGCAGUUUUUGUGCAACAGGUAAUAGGCAAAGAUUUAGCUCCAGGAUUUAUCAUUAAAGUUAUUCUUUGAAGUUUGAUACAGGCACUUACUAUAAAACUUUUGACAAUAUGGUACAAUUUAAAAAAAAAAAUUAUUUAUUCAGAACCAGUUUUCAGCACCCAACGGAUUUUUUUCUGGUCUGUCUUUUCGAUUUGAGAAUAGGAAUCCUGACAUUCAACUCUUCAUAUUCCUUUUUUCAUUUGUUUGUAAUCUUGCCCCUAUUGCUGGAAUAUCUGUGUUAGAAGAGACUAAGACGAAAUACUAAAAAAGUGAUUGUGCUUAUCAAAUCUACCUUUAUUGGAUGUAUUUGUCUUUAGUCAUAGAUGGCUUCCUGGUUUGAUUUACAUUAUGAGAGCUGCAAUGCAUUGGCAUUUUAGAGCAAGUAGAAAUGCUCAGAAAUAUCUGUUAUUUAAAGAAGCAAUCAUAUUUCUUGCAGCAGGGCUGGUAUAACAUGAAGGAACUAAAUACUACCAUACAUACAUUUUCUAUUGUGUCCAAAGUAUUCUACUAGUAAUCAUUACCCUUUCCAUUGCUUUACUUAAGGGAACAUAUAGAGUGGUGCAAAUAGGAAAAAACUCUCACCCCAUGGCAAAAACAGACAAAAAAUAUAUCUAUAUUUAUUAAAUCCUCUCCCUAAAUGCUGCACAUAUAGGCAGAUGUUUUCAGAAUCCCCUGUCACUUUGCAAGUGACUUAGGUAUUGCGCCAGUUAUAUGUUAGGGGACAAUGAUAAAAUAAACUGAUUAAAGAUAUCCUUCUCAUAAAAGUGUGCUAAAGGGGGUUCGGGGGGGGGGCCACAUCACUAGUGCAGCGAGUGCUCUUGCACUCUCUCCACUAACAGAGUUAAACUUCCGGUUUGAAAAACAGAAAUUCAGCUCUUACCAGGAAAGGCUUUUUGCCACCCCUGGUAACUUUGGGGGCGUUCCCGUCGAAGGCAAGUUUCUCAACUCGCCUCAUGGCAGCAGCGCCCCUGGCGUUCAAGGCAUGUCUUUGUCAAAAUAGGGGUUUUGGAUGGCCAUGAACUGUUACCUAUUUAUACCUUUGUUAAACAUAGAAAUAGUACUUUUGUUAAAGAUGAGUUUGCAACUAACAAAAUUUAAAAACAUUUUAUUAUAUAAGGGAAUAUCAAGACAUUACAAACAUUGUCAAAUUCUGUGUGACAGAACAAUGCCCCUUGUACAACCACUUAGCAAGAAUGUGUCACUCACCCCAACAAGCCACCCCUGGCACAGAUCCCAAUCUAGCACAACUUUACUGCAAGACUAAAGAGGUUUUGGAUCACCAGGACCUCAAAAUUCUUGUUGGCAAAAUGGCUUUUUUUUUAAGGAGAAGACUUUUCCACUACUUUAUACUUUCUCCAGUAAUUUUUCGAGUAAUGGGAUUAAACUUUUCAGGAGAGGUAAUGUUUGAUCCAAAGUAGGGAAACUAUAAGCAGGGAGAAAUUUCUAACUGCAUUUAUUCUGAUGGGUUCCAAGUCUUCCUGAGUUUUCCUACUUAGUGGGAGUUUACUCGGAGGGAGGACAAAGAGAGUGAGUUGGACAGCACAGCACCUGCUUUUGGCUUCUUUAGAUUUAGUAAAGUUUCAUUCAUUUCAAUGUUUGUUCCCACAUAAUAGCUUCAGUUAAAGUGAGAAUUUGGUUCCUCAAACACUAUAUGGAAAUGUCUUUCACAGAACUCUGGUAACAAUUAAAAGAAAAUGUAAUUAUGUCCUUGUCAAUAAAUAUGUGAUAAAUGACAUGUACAUAAGGAAAGCCUUGAACGUUGAAAGCGUGACCAAAAGUUAAGCUUGACUUAUAAUUUUUGUAUAAUGUGCAAACUCUCAUUUCGCCAUACGUUUUGUUAGGUAACCUGAACUGUGGGCAUGUCAUGUUCUGGAGAAACAGCCUGACUUUCAAAAACAACUUGCUGGAGGAGAAACAGGGAUAUGGCAUACUCUAAAUCAACGACAGAACCUUCCAUAACAAGCGAUAACAUCUUUCAUUUUACUGUGACCAUCAUGGACGGCAAGAAAUAACACAAGUGUUAAUGCAGACUCCAUUUUCUUGUUCCAUAUAGCAUUACUGCUGUCAGUUUAUAAAGGAAAAUGCUGUUCAUCAUCAUUUUUUGGACAAAUACUAUUUACCAAAAUGUCUGCACCUUUUCCUUAAAGGCUCUUUCAUGGAAAUGCAGGUAUCAGAAACAUAUUUUUACUUGAAUGUUGCAUAAUUCUAUAUACAGGUAUAGGAUCUAUUAUCUGGACACCUGGUAACCAGAGAGCUGUGAAAUGGAGCAAGUCAAUUUCCCAAUGUGUCCUAUUUGUAACAAAAAAAAAUCUUGUUUUUAAUUUUUUUGCAAAUUAGCCUGAAUUCAUGCAAAAUGAUCUUUUUGGGCUUUUGAACUGUUUAAAUGGUUUAAUAACUACAAGGCAUAAUGCUCCAUAUUCAUGAAAGGCCCCAAACAUGUAGAUACCAUACUGUUGCUGUUAUCGGAAAUUUGUUACACAAAUUAUGACAUUUCAGUUGGGGAUGUUCAAGCUGCCACAUUAAAAGGGGUAAGUUUUGUUCGAAUGCAAAUUUGUUUCACAAUUUGACAUUUUUUUGCACAAAAACUUUGAAAUUAUUGUUUCCAAAACUCCAAUGCUUGAUAUUUGUUAAGCGCAAAAAAUGGAAAAACUUGAAUGUAAAACGUAGGCAACUAAAAGCUUGCGAUUUGAUGCAGAAUUCAGUCGGAAUUGUUCUAGGAAAAAUGCAUGUGUUUUUUCAAUUCAAGUUCUUUUGAGUUCUUUUUCAUUUUUUGAGUUUGUAGACCCAUGGAAAAUACUGGCUAGAAUAUGAAUUCAGUGUACGAAUUCAAUGUAUUUGAGGGUUUUUUUCAUGGUUUAAUUUGAUCAAGUUUUUAUAUUCAAAUUCAAGGUAAAAUUUUGAGUUCAAAUUUUUAAAAAAUUCAAAAAUUUUACAGAUUUGAAAAUUAAUAAAUAAGCAUUCAUAUUUUAAACCUGUAAUAGAUGGAGGGCCCUGACUUGUAUUUCUCUCUGUUCAGUGACACAGAAGGCAGCCUGCGCUUACAUACUUAUAUUACUGUGGUACUAAUAUUAUCGGAAUUUAGCAAAUCUGAUGAAUGCUGAUAAAAAUGAGUCCGGAGAAUUUAUAGCUUUCAUUUUCCGGAAGAAUUCCACUGGGAAUUUUUUCAUUCACUAAAUAUUCAUAAUUGUAAUCAUAAUCACAAUUAGAGUUGAUUUCAUAAGGACUUCAUUACUAUCCUGUCAGUGUGUUGGGAAACGCUGUUGUUACAGAACAACCCUCCCAACUCUUCCUCUUUCUCUUUCCAUCCAAUGUUAUUCACUCAUUGAAACCAAGUUGCCAUUGGUUGCUAGGAACUCAUUACAUUCUUUAUCUAUGGAUAAUAUCUAUUGCUUUUGGGAAAGGAAUUUUGUAGCAAACAAUGAAACAUUUCCAUUUCCCACUCCUAUAGGAAGGCUUAUAUAAAGGUUUAUUAAUAGUUUAAACGCUUCCCACUGGAAUUUUCCCUUUCACAUCUAUCUGUACAUUUGUUUUUCUAUAAAUCUUAAUUCUACAUUUUUUUUUCUAAUUUAUUGAAUUAAAGUUAUACAAUCAAUAUUUGCUAAAUAUAAUUUAUUUGAAGGAACCAUAUGUAAUGUACAUGAUUUUCUUUGUUUAUUAAUAAUUUAUGAAAAAAAAUCAAUAAAAAAAAGGCCCCAUUUUCACCUGGAAGUCUUAAACUCAAAAUGCCUACACAGUUUGCUAUUUCUUGUGCAACAUAUAAUCCUACCUGCAUUGGUACGCCUGAUUUUGUCGGCCCACUAAAAAUGGCAACAGUGGCUGACAUGUUCUUCAGGAUCCAAGAACUUUUAUCUUUUUUAUCUUUUAAAGGACUAAGUAAAUAGGGUUAUGGUUAUUUGUCUUACAUUUGUAUACUGGACAUCACAUUUGUCUAGAACAGUAGUGGUAUGUGGUUCAUAUGUACGCAUUAAUGUGCAACGGAAUAUACCCAUAUUGUAAUGCAAUGUACCCGCACUCAGACACACACACACCUACUAAUGAGAGAGCCGGUGACAAACAGAAGAUUUGUAUAUUAUGAUGUAAACCAAAUGGAAAUUGUAUUUGUAUAUUUCAUGUCCUUCAUAGUUCAAGUAUUAUAUGCUGUUUAUCCCAUCAAUGACACAAAGGAAAGGGAUUUUCUAGAACUAUGUCACAUCAGAUACAGGUAACAUGUUUCUGUUAUAUGUACGUAUGGCAUUUUAAUCUAUUGUAUUUAUUUUCACCUGUAGCGGGGACUUUGCUGUUUUGUGUUGUAAAUAGAUUAUGAUUGUAUUUUUUUUUGCCUUAUGUUAUAAUUUAAUUAUUUUCACAAAUAAAAAGUUUUUCUUUUUUUAAA